GGAGUGUUUGUGUGUGUGUCAGGUGUCCGGUUUCUCUUUUGUCACCUGCAGCAUUAAAUCUUCAGUUCAUUCACCUUCAGCAGCAGAAACUGUCCCACACACACACUGAUGGAGUCGAACAGCGGCCGCUUCGCUCUUCUCUCCCCGCACCCGGCACUCUUUCUCCGGCCGGAGGACCGCACUUACCCGCGCAGCCCCAAAUGCGCCCGCUGCAGGAAUCACGGGGUGGUUUCGGCUCUCAAGGGCCACAAGCGCUUCUGCCGCUGGCGGGACUGUGCGUGCGUCAAAUGCGCUUUAAUCGCGGAGCGGCAGCGCGUCAUGGCCGCUCAGGUCGCGCUACGGAGGCAACAGGCGCAGGAGGAGUUGCAGAUGAUUUACCCCGCGGCAGGAGUGACCGAGGGCGGCAUGAGUCUUUGCAGAACCCAGCUGAACUCCGCCGCUCCGCCCGCGUUUGACGCCUUCAGUCCGGACGCGUUCAAAGACGAGAAAUCGCUGAAUAAGUGCCGUGUGUUUGAUGGAUUCAUGAAUCAGGGCUUGUUUGCACCGCACACGCCUGCCGUGAACUCUCCAUCCGGAAAGAGCGACCCGUCACAGGGCAGCGUUUCUCAGCUGUCAGAUCACGGUGCAAGUCCUCGCUCGCAGCACUCCUCAGAACUCGGCGGAUCACCCAAAGAUCCGCCACUCGAAACGGGAGGUCGAGACAUGGCCGUGGUGCUGAUGAAGAUCUUCCCUCACAUGAAACUAGAUGUUCUCGAUUCUGCUCUGAAGAGCUGCUCAGGGGACGUCGUGAAGGCCAUAGAACUGCUGCUCUGUUCUCGAGAGGGUCACAACUCAAACGGAGACGUCGUGCCGCUGUCAGAGAAUCUCCCAUCUGCCAUCCGUCUCAUAGAUGCUCCGCUGAGACAAUUCAGCUCCAAAUCGGCUUUCUCACCCCUCCAGAUGUCCUCCAUGAACGGUUUCAGUGGCGACGCUUUGUUGGGGUUCAACCCUCGGUUUGCGAUCGGUUCGCUGAGACUCGCAUAUUCGACACCAAACUUUAUUCCGCCGUAUCUGGCAUCUGGAUUUCUCCCGGCAAUGUCACUGCGACCGCCAAUAGAAUAUCAGUUUCCUGGUGUGCUGCGGGACUUUCCUUACUCCAAAAACACUUUCAACAGCACGGGUCUGUUCUCAACGCUCAACCAUGACAAAUAACCACAGACACGAUCAUUUACUUUCUUACCAUGUACAAGUCAUGAACGGAGCCAUACUGCAUUUCAUUAAACACUUGGGCACACAGGGUCUUUUUUUAGUAAUUGUAUUAAAUAGUAAAACAUGUUGUAAAUGUGUUUAUGCAUAUUUGAAUCACAUUUUAUUAAUAAAACUCCUUAUAUCAAACACAGUUUCAUGUU